AUGGGCCGCAGGCGCUUCCCCUGGCUCUGGCCGCUGCUCGCGGCCGCCGGCGCGGGGUACCUCCUGUGCCGGUUCUCGGGAGCCUGGGGAAGUCGGAGCUCCGAGCCGCAGCCCGAGCCGCAGCCCGAGCCGCAGCCCCAGCCGCAGCCCGAGCGGCGCGGGGCCUGCACGCGCCCCCUGGCCGCGGCCCUGCAGCGUAGUCCGCGCUUGCAGCGGCUCUUCUGCCUGUCCACCCCGGUGCUGCUGUGGGGCGGCCUCCUCACCCCGGAGCUCUGGGCCGACCUGAACCAGCUCCGAGGCCCCUACGGCUGGCGCGGCCUCUCUCAGCAAGACGUCGCCUCCACCCUGCGCCUUCUGAACGGCUCGGAGAGCGCGGAGCUGUGGGCUGCGCCCCAGGAGCCGCGGCCGCGCUGCGUGCGCUGCGCCGUGGUCGCCAACGGGGGCAUCUUGAACGGCUCCGGCCAGGGCCGCCACAUCGACGCCCACGACUACGUCUUCAGACUCAACGGUGCUGUGAUCAGAGGCUUCGCGGAGGACGUGGGCACCAAGACCUCCUUCUACGGCUUCACGGUGAACACGAUGAAGAACUCCCUCAACAACUACAGGGGCCAGGGCUUCCUCUCCGUGCCCAAAGGACCCGGCGUGCGCUACCUCUUCAUCCCCGCCAGCGUCCGGGACUACGUGAUGCUGCGAUCGGCCCUUUUGGGUGUGCCCGUCCCCGAGGGUCCGGACAAAGGCGACCUGCCUCAGGCCUAUUUUGGACCAGGUGCCCCCGCGGGUAAAUUCAAGCUACUACAUCCAAACUUCAUCCACUACCUGACAGAGAGGUUUUUGAAUUCGAGCCUUAUUCACAAAGGUGGUAAAGACAUAUACAUGCCCAGUACUGGGGCCCUCGUCCUGCUGACAGCUUUGCACACCUGUGACGAGGUUAGCGCCUAUGGAUUUAUCACUGAAAAUUACCAGGAAUUUUCUAACCACUAUUUUGACAAAAAAAAGAAGCCACUGAAAUUUUAUGCAAACCACGAUCUGCAUCUCGAGGCCACUCUGUGGAAAGACUUGCACCAGGCUGGCAUCAUGCAGCUGUACCAGCGCUGA